UGACAGUUUGAACUCUGCUUACGUAAAAGCUAUCGUUAUGACGGAAACCCCGGUAUGUGCACACCGCGGUGAAGCUUUGCAGCAUCCCGCCAUGGGCAUUCAAGAAAAUUGAUGUCACCAAGCUAUCCAACUGAAAGGUCACGUCCAGCGGUGACAUUCGUCCACUCGAAAUGUUCGCGAAACCGAGACCGAAGAAGAGUAUCUUGCCGGCCCCCUCCAAGAAACGAAAGGCAACUCCUGCAAUUGAAGAAAUUUCUUUCGACAACGAUGCCCGCCACGAAUACUUAACAGGCUUCCACAAACGCAAACAACAGCGAAUUAAGCAUGCACAAGAUGAAGCCGCGAAAAAAGCCCGGCAGGAGAAAAUUGAACUGAGGAAACAGGCCCGCGAAGAUCGCAAGCGCGAAGUAGAAGAACAUGUUGAGAUGGUGAACAAGCUGUUGAAGGAAUCGAAUGCUGCUACUUCUUUGGCGGAUGGUUCAACUUCUGAGGAGAGUGAAGAGCAAUGGGACGGUAUCCCUGAUCCGCCCGAGCAGGACUUGGUGGAUCAAGAAGAGGAAUAUGUUGACGAGGACCGUUUCACCACUGUCACAGUCGAGUCAGUCAAUGUGUCGCGAGAUGGGUUCGAAAAGCCUAGCGAGGAUUCCAAACUCGACCAAGAAUCACAACAAGCGCCUCCCGAGAACAAGAGUGAGCAAGCGCCGCCAACAUUGAAGCCUAAGAAGAAAAAGGCCCCAAAGUUUCGUUAUGAGACUAAACUCGAGAGGAAGCUCACGGACACGAAACAACGACUCAAGAAUAAAAGAAGAUAGGCAUGACAUCUCUCUCUGUUAGUAAAGCCGUAUAUCGUCUGCCCCUCGAAGUUGAGCAGAGCUCUGGCUCCAAAAGAUGGUACAUACGCCAACUCUGAUCAGAUCAAAGAUGCCCGUAAGCAAUAUCCAUCAUGCACGCUAUCUGGGAACAUCGUUCUUCCACAUUAUCGGCGCACUCCGCUCAGAUGGUGCCAAUCUCAGCCUGAAGAUCGUCCAAUUCCUUCUGAAGGGU